AUGUAUUUCCAUUAUCUAUUCGUGUACAUAAAUUUGGAAGAUUAUGAAGGGGGAUUUGAAAGCUCAGAUGUUGAGCAACUCUUGUCAAGCAUUGAAUCCAACUUCCACCAAUGGGCUUCAAGCUUCGCUUCUCGUGUUAUUGAUCCAAAUGACCCUAUCACUGUUGAUAAGUUCAAAAACUCAUUGCAAAGAAUGAGCCCUGAAGCUGCACUCUCAACAGCCAAACUCAUCUUCCACAGUGACCAAAGAGACAUGCUUGAAAAGGUUACGAUCCCAUGCACCAUCAUCCAGACCACCCAUGAUCUUGCCGUCCCCAUCUCCAUCGGAUACUUCAUGCAGAAGAAGAUCAAGGCCAAAUCAACUGUGGAGAUCAUCGACACAAAUGGCCAUUUUCCUCAGCUAACUGCACAUCUUCAAUUCCUGGAGGUGAUGGGUGGAGUUCUUGGUUUUGAGCUUUGA